CUUUUAAAAUUGGUUGCAUUUUUCCAUCAGUACAACGUUUAUGCUGCUUAUAAUAUGGUACCAUCCAGCUCUGAAGGGUUGACCGAGUUAGAAGUUGUCAAGGUCACGGAGCCACUUCAAAUCAGUCAUGUGUCAACCAUUAAGAAAAGAGUGAACGUCAGAGCUUUUCUGAGGACGAAUGCUUUUGUUCUUCUCACUGUGGCUGCUGUUAUAAUAGGGAUUUCUCUGGGCUUCGUGCUGCGAUCCACUAAUAUGACAACUAGAGACAUUCUUUACUUUGGUUUUCCGGGAGAGCUGCUCAUGAGAAUGCUGCAAAUGAUAGUGCUUCCUCUCAUCGUCUCCAGUGUGAUUACAGGAAUGUCAUCGGUGGACAGGAAGAUUUCACGAAAUAUUGGACUCUGGGCCAUCAUCUAUUACAUGGUUACCACUGUCAUAGCUGCAUUCACUGGCAUUGGCCUUGCUGUUUCUAUAAAGCCGGGGAAAUUUUACAAAAACACAACAGUGGCCUCUCGUGGGAAUGCACAAACAGUGCGGCCUGUAGAUUCCUUUCUGGAUCUUAUCAGGAACAUGUUUCCAAAAAAUCUAUUGGAAGCUUGUUUGAGAAAAUAUAAAACUGUUUAUUUCAGAAGUCAGUCAACAGAGGAGCAGCUUGGUCAUGACAAUCUAACUUCUAUGAACAUUUCAUUGAAAGAUGACACCAUGUCAAUGCCGGGCACGUCAGACGGUGUCAAUGUCAUGGGGGUUCUGGUGGUCUCCAUGGCCAUUGGCCUUGUUCUGGGUCACAUGGAGUCAGAAGGAAAACCUCUGAGGGAUUUUUUUGACUGCCUGAAUAAAGCCAUUAUGCAUCUAGUCAACUUAAUUAUCUGGUAUUGCCCAGUGGGAAUCAUUUUCCUACUCGCAGAGCAGGUUGCACAGAUGUCAGACAUUACCAUGGUUGGGCUCCAAAUUGCCAUGUAUGCGCUUGUUGUGGUAGUAGGUCUGGCAAUCCACAGCUUCAUUACCCUUCCUGCUAUCUAUGCAGUCACCACACGUAGGAAUCCCUACAGGUUUAUGAGAGGUCUACUCCAGGCUCUCUCCACUGCCUUUGGAACUGCAUCUAGCUCUGCCACCUUGCCUGUGACUUUUCAGUGUUUGGAGGAGACUCACAACAUGGACAAACGGGUCACACGCUUCAUGCUUCCUGUUGGAGCCACCAUGAACAUGGAUGGUGGAGCGCUCUAUGAAGCAGUAGCUGCUUUAUUCAUCGCCCAGAUUCAUGACAUGGACUUUAAUCUGGGACAAAUCAUCGUUCUCAGUAUGAUCGUCACAGCUGUAAGCACGGGUGCAGCAGGCAUACCUCAGGCUGGCAUGGUGUCUAUGAUAAUUGUGUUGUCAUCAACUGGACUUCCUACCGAAGACAUAUCUCUGCUCUUGAUUGUGGAUUGGAUUCUUGAUCGCUUGAGAACUGCCACUAAUGUUCUGGGUGACUGCAUUGGCGUCGGCGUCGUGCAACAUCUCUCCCAAGAUGAUUUAAAGAAGAAUGCACCCGUAGAGGAACCUGCAGAGGAAUCUUUGAAUCGGUCAUUAAUUAAUCAGAUUUGAGUGAUAAGAUGCAUGAUGUGGUGAUGCUGAAGACAACUGAUAUGUAAUGAGAUACUGAAAUAUUUUAAGUUGUGUAUUUGUUAACCCACUGGGGUACGGGGGUAUUUUCUAGAUUUUACUAUGUUUUCAGUUAUUCCCAU